CGCGGCCCGGAGCUGCGGCGCGCGGCUCACUGCCAGCCUGGGGGCGGGGGCUGACGUGGCACGAGGCCUCUGCAACCCCAGAACCCCCGACCCCGGCCCCCACGCCGUCGCCGAUUCCCGGCCCUCUCGGUCCCGCGCUGCCCCCUUAAAAGCUGGGGCCAAGCACAGGAACGGCAGGCGUUGCAGCCAAUGAUGUCGCUCACGGUGAACCUGACACCCAAUCAAAAGGCGCGGCUGCUAGGGAACGGGUGGGAAGCACGCCUGACUCCAGGUGACUCCGGGCAGGGAGGGGAACGUGUCUCCGUCAGCUGAUCGAGUCCCGUGCAACCGGCGAGUUAUCGGGGACGAAGCUGCGGGAGCGCGCGGACAGUGGCCAGCCCCGGAAUAGUUGUGUGCUGCAGCCACGAAGGAGGGUGAUGGAAGGGCGUCAGGAGGCUGGGAAGGAGAACAAGAGAAAUGCACCCGCUUUGCCCACAAGUCAAUGCCUCUUGGGACUAAAAGCGGUGAAUGGUCUCAGGAACCCCUCAAAAGGGGGCGAGAACAUCUUGUCUAACUCUCUUUAGGCCCUGAUGAAAGGGUACCUGAAGUAACCAGCUGGGGAAGAGGUAAGCUGGUAGCUAAGAAAGGAUUUGGGGGUCUGGAAUUGAGACACUGGGUUCACAUCUGGUCCCGCCACUUGGCCGCUGUGUGAUUUCAGAAAAGUUAUUUCACCUCUCUGGUGGUCUGCUUCCGUAUCUAUGAAAUGGGGAGCACUCUGGCUGCUUCUGAGGUUGGAAGUGUGGGAAAGGGUUGUAGUAAUUGUAAGGCCCCGAGCAGUGACUUAUCAGGAUCCCUCUAGGGGUAGCUGGUGACCCCGGGGCAUUGGAGAAGCAGUGCUGCUGAGGUGGGCUUUGCAGGAGGACCUGAAGUCGGAGGUGAGGAUGUGGGUAAGGGGCUGCGGUCAGUCAUGUCCGAAACCUCCCCUCCCCGGCAGCCCUCCUCCAUAUCAGUGGACCCGCAGGGAGACAGCUCCUUACAGGUGGAGAUCUCUGAUGCAGUGAGUGAGCGGGACAAGGUGAAAUUCACUGUUCAAACCAAGAGCUGCCUCCCUCACUUCGCCCAAACGGAAUUCUCAGUUGUGCGGCAGCACGAGGAGUUCAUCUGGCUCCACGAUGCCUACGUGGAAAAUGAGGAGUACGCCGGCCUCAUUAUCCCCCCAGCCCCUCCAAGACCAGACUUUGAGGCUUCGAGAGAAAAGCUGCAGAAGUUGGGCGAGGGGGACAGCUCCAUCACGCGGGAAGAGUUUGCCAAAAUGAAGCAGGAGCUGGAAGCGGAGUACCUGGCAAUCUUCAAGAAGACAGUUGCAAUGCAUGAGGUCUUUCUGCAACGCCUGGCGGCCCACCCCACCCUGCGUCGAGACCACAACUUCUUUGUCUUUUUGGAAUAUGGCCAGGAUCUCAGUGUCCGAGGAAAGAACAGGAAGGAGCUCCUUGGGGGAUUUCUGAGGAAUAUUGUGAAGUCUGCAGAUGAAGCCCUCAUCACCAGCAUGUCAGGGCUCAAGGAGGUGGAUGACUUCUUUGAGCAUGAGAGGACCUUCCUGCUGGAGUACCACACCCGGAUCCGGGAUGCCUGCCUGCGGGCAGACCGUGUCAUGCAGUCCCACAAGUGCCUGGCAGAUGAUUAUAUCCCUAUCUCUGCUGCACUGAGCAGUCUGGGAACACAGGAAGUCAACCAGCUAAAGACGAGCUUCUUCAAAUUGGCAGAACUCUUUGAACGACUAAGGAAGCUGGAAGGCCGAGUGGCCUCUGACGAGGACCUCAAGCUGUCAGACAUGCUGAGAUACUACAUGCGAGACUCACAGGCGGCCAAGGACCUGCUGUACCGGCGGCUGCGGGCACUGGCCGACUACGAGAACGCCAACAAGGCACUGGACAAGGCACGUACUAGGAACCGGGAGGUGCGGACCGCGGAGAGCAACCAGCAACUGUGCUGCCGACGCUUCGAACGCCUCUCUGACUCAGCCAAGCAGGGUAAACCCCAUGGCUCCGCAACCCCUGCCACUGGGCAGCCUACCCUGCCAGGGUCCCCACUUCUCCCCCCUCCUCCCCAGAGCUCAUGGAUUUCAAGUCCCGCCGUGUGUCCUCCUUCCGUAAGAACCUCAUCGAGUUGGCAGAGCUGGAGCUCAAACACGCUAAGGGAGGUGGGACCCAAGACACUUGGGUCUGAAGUCCUGGACUCUACCUGGCUUGGCCCCACCCUGGACUUCAGUCACAUCUGCAGGAGGCCAAAGGCUUAACUUGGCUUCUGACUCACAGCAGCCACUGCACCCAGCCCUCACAGAUGAAUCAGCCAUCCAUGAAAGAAGGUAGAGAAAAACUGAAGAAAACCUCACAGACAGACUAAACAGCUCAAGAGGCAAUUUGUAACUUGCAAGCUCAUAGCCUCCAUUAGGCAGGACUGAGCAGGGAGUCAGGGAAUGGGUCUCAGCGACCAGGGACCCACCUGUACAAAUGCUAUGGGCUUAAGAGCUCAAGCACGAAGCCCCUUCUGCUCAAGGGACUCCUGUGACUGGCAGCAGGUGCGCCCUGGCUCAGCCACCUCAACAGCCAGUUUGGCACCAGCUGUGGCACCACCUAGGAGUGUCAGAGGGAGGCUCUGCCAGUUGCUGGGGCCAAGUAAGGAGGGGGUGGGUGGAGCUCUGGUAUAGGAAAGAGAUGCUGCUCAUUAUCUCAGCACCCCCCCCCCCCCCCGACAAGGUCCCUGGGGCCCCAACCCUAAAACAAACAUCCCAUUAGUGAGCCUUUUUAUUGUCGUGUGUGUGUUUGUUUUUUUUUUUAAUUGAAGGUCCCUUACUGGUCCUGCCUCCAUGAGUGGCGAAGACCAGGGGCAAAAGGGAGGGGAACCAGCGGCGCGAGGAGGGGUCAUCUCCACAACAUUCCAUU